GAUUGUUGGAGAAGGGAACUGAUUCCUAAGAUGAAGAGUCUUUUCUCGCUUGCUGUAAUCCUCGCGGUUGGUCUUGUAUUGGCCCAAGAACCUCCACUCCCGCCGCCACCGGGACCAGAACCCCCAGGACCAGAACCCCCAGGGCCAGAACCCCCAGGACCAGAACCUCCGGGGCCAGAACCCCCAGGGCCACAACCACCAGGAGGAAAACAUCCGAAAGACAUUUGUUUGGAUGAGUGGAACGCAUGCGUGGAGUCCGGGGAGGGUUUUGGUUGCUUACCAAAAUACUAUGAAUGCCUAAAUGCCUACACAAGGAUAUGCAGGAAAAAGUUCAGAAACCAGGGAUGUUAUGAAGCACUCGGGAAAGAAGAGUGUUGGAAGAAGCUUAAAAUAUGCUAUGGGCAUAAGCCUGAAUGAGGAACUCAUGGAACUCAUGCAAAUUAGUU